GAGAGCACUUUUCAGAAGAAAAUCUUUCGUUAUGACAACAAAAGUAGUAUAACAUGGUACCCUGGAAACUACUUGACAGCAGAUUGGAGUGAGCCAGCUUAGCUUGUCAGAUAAACAAACCAGAUGGAAUAAAGCUGUCACUACCUUACUUUUCUAAGAUUUUUUUAAAUGAACACACACACACACACAAACAGAGAUAGAUGAGCACCCUGUGAACGCCGCUGGAGAGGUAUAUAAGAAUCCAUCAGGAGGGAAGAGCACCCACUUCUUUUCUCUGAAGGACUGUGUUGCACUUUCCUUUUUUCAGCUACUUUCAGUGAAGAAAAAGAGUUUUAGUUGAAAUAUAUACUCUAAAGGAUAUUGGCAUUGUUUUGGGUCAUUUUUUUACUUAGCACUUUGUUCUGAUUCUUUUAUAAAGUUAAAUUUAAAAUAACUGACCUUUAUUAAGGCUGGAAUUUCCAUGAAACAUGGCAACAUCUGAGGUUUUAAAAAUGUUUUGGGGUAAUGGCUCAGCUAUGGAUUUAAACAGCAAGACAAUUCACAGUUUUGAAGUUCCACAGGACAUUGAUGGCUUUAGUGUGAUCAUGGCUGUCCUCCAUCUCGCUGUAUGCAUCACAGGAUUGGGAGGUAACUCUGUGGUAAUCAUUGCCAUCCUCAAGCUGGAUAAAAUGGCAUCUGCCACAACUGUGUACAUCUUCAACUUGGCUUUAGCAGAUGGACUGUUUAUGGUGGGGCUCCCAUUUGUGGCUUUCCAGAACUUCCAGAACCAAUGGAUCUUUGGUGAUUUGGCCUGCAAGCUGGUAAUGGUACUGGAUGGAAUUAACCAGUUCACCAGUGUAUUCUGCCUCACGGUGAUGAGUGUGGACCGCUAUAUGUCACUAGUGAACCCCCUUCGCUUUGCACACUGGAGAACUCCAAAGCGGGCCAAAAUCAUCUCUGCAUUUCUGUGGCUCUUCUCCUUGAUUCCUGUCUUGCCCAUUGCUCUCCACUUCACUGUGCAGUAUGGCCUGUGCAUGGCCGACAUGUUUGUGGGCAAAUGGUGGAUGACUUUCCUCACAUACACUUUUGUGCUGGGCUUUGUACUGCCCUUCCUGGUGAUGAUCAUCUUCUACACAACUCUAGUGGUGACUCUGAGGAGCUCCAGGCAAUAUGACAGGAGUUCUUCCCCCUCCGAGGAAAACCAGAGGUUGGAGAAGCAGGUUACCAAGAUGGUGGUAGCAGUGGUUGUGGUCUUUGGGAUAUGCUGGCUGCCUUUCUACGUCUUCAACUUCUGCUCACUGUAUGGUACACAUAUCACACUCACCUUUGCACGUGGCUUUGAGAUUGCAGUGCUCUUGUCCUAUUCAUGGAGCUGUGCUAACCCGAUCCUGUAUGCCUGCCUAUCAGAAACCUUCAGCAGGUACUUUCGCAGUUUACUCUGCCCCUGCAUAAAACAUACCAGGAUGCACUGCAGCAGAGACACAGAGGCCUAUGACUUGCAUUACACAAAUGGGCAGGAUCUAAGUGUGCUAACUUAAUUUCAAAAUAUUUAUUUUAGUGAUUUGAAUAAAAGGUAUGUUUUCAGAUUUUUAUCUUACACAACUUUCAAAUGUUCUUGCUUGAAUUUGAUAUCAGAUAAUCUUUAUCUAUUGUGCAAAUUUCAUACUGUCCAGUAGUAGCUGCAUUCAAAUCACUUCAAAAUGCUUUAUUGCAAUAGACUGAUAAUUCUAGUGUGUGGGGAAAAAGAAAACUUGCUGGCUUGUUGCAGAACACAAUAAAUUCCAGCUGGGACAUAAAGGACAGGAUGUCUUUGUGCCUCUCUCCUGGGGUGGAAUCUCAUAUUGUAGAUUAUGUAAUUAAUUUGCCCUGUUAAUGCAUCCUGGCCCCAUGGAUGAGUGCUUCCCAGCCCACUGUGGAAAUUAGGAUGAUGUCAUUGUUGCAAUGGCGCUCAACUGGUAAUGAACACUACAAGUUGGAAUGUUUGUGCUUACAUUUGACAUGAAUGAAAUACGUGAAACAUAAGAAAAUCAUUUUGAGGCUGUUAAUGGAUUAGAUGUCCUGAGAAACACUGACAUGGUUCAUUUUGCUAUGAUAUGGUAGAUUAAAAUUUCUGACACAAGGUAUGACUUCAUUUUAGUGACUACAUUAAUCUUCCUUGUUUGGAGAGGAAACAUGAUUUGCAUUAUCCUAUUUUUCUGUUUUCAUAGUUCCUGCUCUGUCUUUAUUGUGUUAUUUUAUAACAAAAAGUUUUUAUGCCAUGGAAACAGCUUAUGUAUUAUAGCUUUUAUUACUCAUGUAAACAUUGUCUAGCUGUGAUUACAUCAUGUAGCCAGUAACAAAAUACUGGCAAAUUGCAUCAGAGUAACCACACAUCACAAUAUUGUAUGGUAAACUUUAAUAAAUGAUA